UAUUAUCAGCUUAAGGCCCAAAGACAUCUGCUCCCCACCACCCUGACAGAGUCUUCAAGCCUGGGGCAAGAGAGCAAAGGUUCAGUCGACGGCAUCUCCUCUCAGCUGCAUCUCUGAAGGUCCCCACCGCUGAGAGGGGCAGCGCCUCAUCCCCAGAGGGCAGAAUGGCUCAGGACAUGACAGAGAAGGAGCUGCUGAAGAUGGAGCUGGAUCAGCUGAAGAAGGAGGUGAAGAACGAGAGGCAAAUGGUCUCCAAGACUGGCAAAGAGAUCAAGGAGUACAUCGAGUCCAUGGCGGGCGAGGACCCGCUGCUGAAAGGAGUCCCCGAGGACAAGAACCCCUUUAAGGAGAAGGGUGGCUGUACAAUAAGCUGAUCGCCCCCGCGGCUGUCGCUGCCGGGCACGGGGAUGUUCCCGUGUGGAAGCCGAGACUGUCAAAAAUCUGCUUUCCCUGUAGUCUGACUUCAGCACUGGGGAGUCCUGAACCAAAGCGUAGCACAGCUAAACUAUGACAAAAGGAGAAAAAAGAAAAAAAAAAUAAAUUACCCCACUGCCACCGGAGAUGAGGUUCAGCAGCCAGCACAGUGUGUGCUUUUGGGCUCUCAUGGCUGAUCUACGUUUGAUUUCCUGCAAGCAAAGCUUCUGCAUUUUUAGCAGCCAGCAGCAAACUGGGCUUUAAUGAAACCGCAGAACUGUGUCUGGUCUCACACUUCUCCAAGCAGCCCAGCGCCGAGCCAAGCCCCCCCCUUGCUGCAGAAAAGCCUCCCAGCAGCACUUUGCUCAAGUCGGUCCCUCUCGGUGCCUCAGUUUCCCCAUCUGGCAGAGGAAAGCAAUACUCACCACGUUGUUUUGGGACUUCCAGGGGUCUGAAGCUUUAUUCGCUCCUACUCUGUUGAUCACCGCUCGCACCCACCAGGCAGCUGGCAGGGAGCAGGGCUGGGUGGGCUUCCCCCAACGCCGGGUAGAGCACAGGCAGGAGCGAGGCCCCAGGCAGCUUGUUCAAACCCUCACCCCACCUCUCAGUCUCGCUUCCUCCACCCCUGGAAACCCCCUGGCAGCCGUGGGAAAGCAAGCCCAGGGCUGUCAGGUCCUGCCUGUGACCCUGGUGACUCUGAGCACUUGCCUCUGCUUCCCCCCCAGCUCCCCUCUGCUGCUGCCAGCGGGCCCCGUGCGGGCAGAGGGGCUGCACGUCGCGGCCCGCCGUGUCCCGUCAGGGAUGGGGAUGACUUGGGACAGGCAGUUGGGAGGGGGGGUGUGCAGCUCCUUGGAGCAAGACAGGACUCGCCAAGCCCUAAGCUAGCAAUGCCAGGCCCUAAACCUCCUGUUCCCCAAGGCAGCUCUUUUCUAGGACAAAUUUCACCCUCUGCUCGGUAGAAAAAAGCCACAUCAGCUGGGGCACAGCCAGCUUCCGAGGUCAGCAGGGUACUUUGGGGAAGAUUUGUGGGGUUUGUUUUUUUGUGGUGUUGAGAUUCUUUUGUUCUUGUUUGUUUGUUGUUUUUUUUUAAAUCCAUCACAGCUACAUAUUCUUUGGGGAAAAACUCUCCAAACUUCCCCAAUCAAUAUCAAACAGAAGCAGCAGCUCUUUUUUCUUUCUCAGAGUCCCUCAGGUCCCUGCUGCAGGCUGUCCCCAUCCCACUUCUGCUUCGUGCCAGCCCACCUCUGACACGGCAGCAGCUCUCGGGCCCACGGUGAAACGCUCCCCUGGGGUCAGCUCGGAGGUUACACACGUCCCAGGGCACAUUUACACACAGAGUAAGACGACAGCCACAAACUCAAGGCAGAAACAAACCUCUUCCCCCCCCAGAGUGUUUGGGAAGAGACGAUGGUGCAGCAGGUACUCGCUGCGGGUUGGGAAGGGUGUGGGGUUUGCUGGGGCUCCAGGAGCACGUGGAGAUAGGCCUGGGACUAGUUUCAACAUGGCACUCGCAAGGGAAUUGCUUUUGACCCCACUUGGAGCAGCGUUUUCCUACCUGCUGGUCUCAUGGAUGGGCUGGCCCAGCUCAGCCCAGUGUCCAUGGGACUGGGGGGGCCCCUCGGCACUUCAGCUCCAGAGACACCCCAAGGUCGGGGGUUCCCUGGCACAGGACUGACACAAGGAAGAGGCUUUUCCUCAGGCAGGGGGUCUCCAUCACUCCUUGCAGCCAGUACCUUCGCUCCGUGUCCUUCUCUAGCCU